CCCGGAAGUGGAACUUGUGACAGAAUGGCCGGAGAUGCGGCUUUGCUUUAUCAGGAAUUUCAAGGUCAAGUGAGUGAAGCAAGAGAAGAAUUCUUCGAGAAGUACAAAGAAAAUGUAGACAAGAAGCUAUAUGAUGAGAGAGACCUGUCAAAGCUCCGGUCAGAUGAUCUCUGGGUACGUCAGUUCUUGCUGAGCAGGAAGGGAGUAGUGGAGGAUGCUGUGGUCAUGAUGGACAUGUCCCUGAGGUGGAGGAAAGAAUGGGGAGUUAAUGAUUUGAAACAUGAUUCCUUUACACUAGAUUUUUGGGAGGGAGGUGCUGUUUACUUCCACAGUAAAGAUAAAGAUGGACAAAAGAUAUUGUAUUUUGAUGUACAGCAGUGUAAAAAGGGUGACCAAGAUGUCAUGGUACAAGUAAAGAAAUUCAUAGCUUACCAUUUAGAACUGAGUUGCAGAAAAAGGCCGGGAGAGAGGAUAGUGCUCCUGAUGGACAUGAGUAUGGCAGGAAUGUCCAAUGUAGACUUAGAUUUGCUAAAGUUUCUUAUAACAGCCUUCACAACCAACUUUCCAGCUCUUCUAGCAUAUUUCCUUAUUUAUGAAAUGCCAUGGUUAUUUAAUGCAAUUUGGAAGAUUGUUAAGACUUGGCUAAAUGCAGAACAAAGUAAAAGAGUGAUAUUUGUGAAGAAGACUGGAAUUCAAGAAUACAUCAACAAAGAAGAACUCUGGGAACACAUGGGAGGCUUGGAUACAUAUAAAUAUCACUACAUUCCACCUACACCAGAUGAGGACAGUCCAGGAUCAGAUAAUUCUCCAACUGGGAGACGGAAACAGGUCACAUUUGCUGAACAGGACACGAUGUAUAAUAGUUUUGAUGCCAGUGGGGAGGUGGGAGAGGAUGACAAGUCUGAUAGAUUGAGCAUGUCAAGUGUUCUCUCCAGGCAGUCUCAGGGACCAGGCAGGCAAAAGAUGGUCAGUGGUAGGAAAAGACAGAGAGAUGAUCAAAAUAUCUACACAGGGCGGCUCAUAAUUAUCAGUCCUGCUGAUGAAUUGGAGUUUGCUGUGGUUGACAAUUCCAAGGAAACAUUAGAUGUUAUUUCUUUAACUAACAGAAUGCAAAAACAAGUGGCAUUUAAGGUGAAAACCACCUCCCCCGAAAAAUACAGGGUACGUCCAAGUGCUGGGGUAAUCAAUCCAGGUUCUUGUGUGGAAGUCAAUGUGUAUUUAUUACCAGGAUUUCAUCAAACAAUCAACCGUGAUAAAUUUCUUGUAAUGGCCAUGGAAAACCAAGAAAAUGUGUCAUCUGCUUCUGACAUCCAUGAAAUGUGGAAAAUGGCAUCUAGAGAGAGUGUGACAGAACACAGACUUCGAUGUGUGCUAACACAGGCAAAAACGGAUUCUGAGGAAGAUGUCCCCAUACAACUGCAGGAUCAGUUGAAGGAUAUUAAUAAUAAGCUCAAGCAAGUUCUUGAAGAGAAUGCUGUGUUGGAUAAAAGAUUAAGACACAUGUUCACCCUGCUUCUAUUUGUCAUUGUCUUGCUGGUGUUACUGCUUGCAGUGGUACUGUAUCUGACUCAACAAGGACAAUAUGCUGGACAUCUUCCAAAACCGCCAACCAAUACCUGCUCUCUGUUAUAGUAAACUAACUAUUAAUAUAAAGCUCUAUAACGUAUUCCAAAUUAUUUAAAGAAAAAUUUACCAUGGUCACAAUUAUAUACAUAAAAGAUAUCUAAGAUUUAUUAAUAUUGCAUGAUAUUAUAGUGAAGAUCUGAUUUCAAUGUUUUAGAAGAAUAGUAAUGAACAAAACAGAGUUGUUUCAUAUUGAGUAUAUAUCUUUCAUAUAAAUGUCUUCAAAAAUGCCAGAUGUUCAUGAUAAAAAGUUCAUUUUUUUUUUAAAAAGGCAGCUUACAUGUGUAUUGUGCUUUAUUUUGUAACACUUUCAAAACAAAAUUCACUGGGGAAAAGGCGUUUGUGUAGGAAAUGUGGUGUGAUUUAUCUUUAGUCAACUUUGGCUUGAAGGUGACUAUUUUGAUGUUGUUAAUAUUUUUAAAAAAGCACUUAAUCCAUUGGUCAAACUAGUAUGUAACUUGUUACGAUUAUGACAGAUUUUAUACAUUGUGAAACAAAAGCAAGUUCUAUCACCAGAAUUGUUCAAAUAUAUAAGAAUUCUGA